AUGCUGGCCCAACAUGAUGAGGAUGGCAAAAAGGAGCAUGCUAUCUACUAUCUGAGCAAGAAGUUCACGUCCUGCGAAGCGCGGUACACGCUUGUAGGAAAGACCUGUUGCUCUCUGACUUGGAUCGCUCAGAAGCUGAGACACUACUUGUCGGUGUUCACCACCCACCUUAUAUCGCGAAUGGAUCCUCUAAGAUACAUCUUCCGGCAACCGAUGCCUGUGGGAAAGUUGGCUAAAAGGCAGAUGUUGCUUAGUGAAUUCGACAUUGUAUACAUAGCACAAAAGGCAAUCAAAGGACAAGCCAUGGCCGACUUGCUGGCAGAAAGCCCCGUCAACGACGAACAUAAGCCUUUACGGACUUUCUUCCCAAAGGAUGAGGUACUAGCUAUGGAAGAAGAUUUAACAGAACCAUACAAAGGAUGGAGGUUAUUCUUUGACGGGGCGGUCAAAUACAAAGGAUCAGGCAUUGGAGCAAUGCUUAUAUCAAAAACAGGACAACACGAUCUGAUGGCUGCGAAGCUCAACUUUAGGUGCACUAACCACAUGACAGAGUAUGAAGCAUACCUCAAGAUGGCAUUUGACAUGAACAUAUCGGAGCUGUUGGUAAUCGGGGACUCCGAUUUACUCAUAAAUCAGGUAAAAGGGAGUUGGGUGACCAAAAAUGACAGGAUACUCCCGUAUGUGAAUCUGGUGCAGAGACUCUGUGGCAGGUUCAAGAACAUUGACUUCAGGUAUAACUUGAGGGCCAAAAAUGAGUUUGCGGACUCGUUGGCUAUAAUAGCCUCCAUGAUCCAGCACCCCGAAAGCACUCACAUCGACCCUUUAGAGAUCACCAUAAGUGAAGAACAGGCUCACUGUGCCCACAUCACGGCCAAGCCAUAUGGCCAACCAUGGUACGCCCACAUCAAGACGUACUUGGAAAAGGAAGAAUACCCCAUAGAUAGUUCAGCAAAGCAGAAGAAGACCGUCAAAAUACUGGCCAACGGUUUCUUCCUGAACAAGGAGGUGUUGUACAAAAGAAGGCCCGACCUCGGUUUACUCAGGUGUAUGGACGCCGAAGAGGCCACAAAAUUGCUGAAAGAGGUGCGCGCAGGGGCAUGCGGCCCUCACAUGAACGGAUUCGUCCAUGCAAGGAAAAUCCUAAGGACAGGUUACUACUGGAUGACCAUGGAGCAUGACUCGUGCAAAUUUAUGCAGAAAUACCAUCAAUUCUAG